CAAGACAUUAUUAAUUAAUAACUUGCUUCAGAAUUUAUAUGAUAAGACAAAAAACCUAUAUGCCACACAAAAUCUAUUAGCCAAAUCAAAGGAGGAUGUAUCAGGAAUAAAAGAUGAGUUAAGAUAUAUGACCAUACUAAUUGAAGAGGAAAGGGUACUUCAUAAAGAAACCAAACAAAAAUUGGCAGAUGUCACCAAGAAAAAUACUAAACUAAGUAUAUCAUAUAACGAAGAAUGCUUAAAACGUAAACAAGCUGUGGCUGAAACGGCUAAGCUCAGAAAAGCGGAGAGAUUAAGUACUGUAGGUCUAAACUGUAUGAGAAGGAACAAAUGGUGUCAGAUUUUACCAAGAAAUAUACUGAACUAUCUAACCUAUAUAAGGAAGAAUGCUUAAGCCACAAAGAGGCUGUAGAUGAAGCAAUCAAGCUCAGAAAAGCUGAGAGACUAUGUAUGUCUAAGCUGUAUGAAAAAGACACAAAGCUUGCCGAAAUGGAGGAUCAUAUACAGAGUUCUACACGUCGCCUGGAAACAGCAAAGAGGAUAGAAGAAGUUUGUAUAAUAGAAAAAGAAAUGGCUGAUAAAAAGAGGGAUACAAUUGCCAAGGAUUUUGAAGAGCUUAAUAACAAAGUGGCUGACGAAAGGGAAAUUCAUCGAGUCCAGGUGUCCAAAAAUGAGUUACUUAAUAAAAAGUAUGUGUGUCUCAAGUGGCAAUACAUAUAUAUUUUAUGCAGCAAACGUGGAUCGAAUAUCAAGGAAUAUAUCUUUGCAAUCAAAAGCUUUGAGAAGUGUAUCAUGCGUUUUUUAAUUUCCAUUUUCUUUAUUUGGUAUUUUACUACUGUACUAGUUAUAUAGCGUCAGGUGAAAAUACAAAAAAACAAUACAAACCCAGCUCGCGCAAGGAAAUAUCAAAGAGGCCUAAUGUAACAAAUACACGCAUGCAUAAAAUAUAAAAUUGGCAUGAGUUAAAUUAGAAUAUACAAAAAGUAGGCCUUGUAUACGAAAAUGAAAUUUCCAAAACAACUGACCAGACAAUUUUGAAAAUUUCGGGAUGUUUGCCUCGGGAAGAUUGUCGCACCAAAUUGCAACGAGUUACAAUAGAAGCAGGUCAACUCAGCCCCAAGUCAUCUCGGCCCCUGUCAACUCGCCCCCAAUUCAACUCGGCCCCACAUCAACUCUUUCCAUUUACGAUAAUAAAAACAACAUUAAUAAAAAUAAUAUUAAUAAAAAAGGCAUAAUAUAAAAACUAAUAUAGGCCUAUAUAAUGUAGGCUACAUAUAAAUGUUUAUAUAUAAUAUAUCAUUAAAAUGUAUAUGAACGUUAUUAUGUAAUGUAUAUAUACCUAAGGAUAGGCCUAGGUCUAAAUAUUGGUUUUCUCCACUUUUAGGUACCAUACUUAUGAAGUUUAGGAACACUUAAAAUUGUUUCUACACUUCAUACGUAUGGUACGGUAUUCGUUUCUCAUAUUACCGUAUAUAUUGUUUACAUAUAAAGAUGGUUUCAAUGAUUUUUAUACAUACAUAUAUACACACAUAUGUACAGUAUAUAUACGGUUUAUA